ACUCCAGGUCCCAGAAUGCACUUGGGCAGGCGCAGAUCCAACCUGCAUGGUUUGUCCCCCUCGAGCCGCUCAUCACAUCCACGGACUGCAAAGAGCCCUCGCUUCGGAACCGUAAGAGGAGAAAUGGCUGCAGCUCUGUCCCGUGCCCUCAAACUGCCCGGGAAGAAGGGCUCAGAGCUGGGUGAGUACGACCCUCUGACCCAGGCAGACAGCGAAGAUGAGAGCGAAGAGGAUGACCUCGUACUUAGCUAUCCCCGAAAUGGCCUUGGUAGGGACAGCUGCCUCGGCCCAGGCUCCUCAAAGCUACGUGGUGGCAGAUCUGGAAGAUUUGUUGGUGCCGAAGACGAGGCGCAGGAGGAAGAUGAGGAUGAAGAGGAGGACGAAUGGAGAGAGCGGCUGCCCAGCAAAUGCAGGCAGGAUAGAGAUGACAUGAAAGGAAUGCAAUACUGGAGGGACUCAGGCAGGGACAGGACAGGGGAGGACAGAGGGGGAUCCGGGUCACUGGGGGGCUCUGGACUUGGGGUUCAUGGUCCUGAUGCUGAGGAAAAGAAGUUGAGAAUGAAGAAUGCUGUCCGGACUGCGUUUUUCCUCGUGCCUCUGGUCUGUGCCAUGUUGCUUGUGCUGCUGUGUGCGUUUCUGAUUCCAUGUCAGAAAGGAGAACUGGAAAAGAGGCCACAGUGGGAGAGAGCACUGGGAGAAGCAGGAGGUAUUACUCCUCCUGCUCUGGCAUUGUGGGAUAUUGAUGGGGAUUCAGUGGAUGAUGUGUUACUGGGUGUAACCGAAUGGCCCAAUGACACACAUCCCACACAAGGGAACAAAGGUUACAGUGCCAUGGCUCUGUCUGCUGUCAGUGGUCAGGUUCUGUGGAAGAAAAUCAUGCGGGAGUGGGUGAUGUACAUCCAGUGUGGUCUGCAGAAUGGUGUCCAGCAGUCACGUGUUUGUCUCCUCAUCAGCAAGUCUGUCCUCAUGGCCAUCAACGGCACUACAGGGAAAACUCUGUGGUUGGCCCAGCUCAAGAGCAUUGAAUCCCAGGUGGUGUUACUCCCAGACAUCCAGGGCGAUUCAGUCCCAGAUCUGCUGAUAUCCACCCUGCCUGCAGAUACGGCUAUGGACCUUUCCCUGACCUUGAUCUCUGGACAGACGGGGGCUCGGCUCGGACAUUCUGUGCCUUUUAACAUCUCUGGGCAAGGAAAGCUGAUUGGCCCGCUGCUGCAUGAGACACAACAAGGGGCAUAUUUCAUCCUGUUUGGUCUAGGUAACAUCAAGGCAAUCUCUCUGUGUGAUAUCUACGUGCGUGCCACUGGCAAAAUGCCUAUAAAUCAAGCGCUUAGAAGGAAGGAUCCAGUGUGGGAUGGACUCAAGGCUAAAACCAAUUCCUCCACCUUUAUACACAUUUUUGGAGGAGCUGAGGACGUUGUAUUCCUGCUCCCUCUUGUGGCUGGUUUUGACAACAACCACAACAGUCUGGACACUGUUUCCAACCUGAACUCCACUAGAAGCGACUGGGUUCUGGUGUACGGCUCCAGUAAGCUUUCAGUGCUCAGACAGAAGGACUUAAGGAAAGAAUGGACCUUCAAUUCAGCUGCCAUUCACAGUGAACCAGCCACUGGACACUUCAACAAUGACGGAAUCCUGGAUAUUUUCAUUCAGCAUUCAGAGAACGGUGUUAUGAAGGCGCAGAUCAUCGAUGGGGCUAACGGGCACCGCCUGUGGUCAGCGGAGUUUGUAUGUCCUCGUCUUGAUUUGGAAACUUCUGCCAUCUCCACCUCCAUGGGUCUGUCAGCCUUCCUGUUCUGGGCCAGUGAACCAAUCAGGCCUCAGAAUGUUACCAAGACAACGGUGCCACCAGGUGGUACUUCCCCAGAGCCACUCAUCAGAAGACUCUUCCUGCUGCACCCUACAUUUCCCACAAUCCUGCUGGAACUCACCAGUACCACAGACACAGCAGUCACCUCUGCAGUGAGUUACCAGGAGCAUCAGAAAGACGCCUCCUACAUCACCGUAUCUUCACGGCCUACAUCUGGUUCACAGCCCAGUGCCUGCAUAGUGAAGAGCAUGAGCCUCAGAGCUGCCAUCACCAAAGGACAAAUCGUCAGACUAAAUGAAACUAACAAAACUGAAAAACCUGUUAAACCAGGCACAUUUGAGGUCACCAAGUUCUUCAGGCGUCUGUCCUUCAAGCGUCAGUGAGGCUGACGCUGCUCCGAGGCAGGACCAAAACGGGAACUACAACUGAAGGGAAAAACACACUGCAGAUGACCCUGCACUAAAGAGACAUUGAGUACUCAUUUUACUGCUGUUUACAUCAGAUUUAGUUCAAAGUAUGAAUUUAAACUAUUUUACUGGAGAUUUCUGUUGUUUUUCUGUGAAAAAGUUUUUUGGAGCGAGGUUCUGUUGUUUGUUUUAUAUGAUAUGAAUACAAAGAAAUGACUUAUUUAAAUUAUUUAACACUCCUUUAACAGGGUAUUUAAUAUUUUGUUGAAUGUCUGUGAUUUUUUGGACGUGACGGCAGCAGAGUAAGUUUAUAAUCUGUUUUUGACAGUGAAGCACAAUAAUGUUGAUGAAAGAACAUGUACAGGCGUUUACAGUAUUCAUUAUUCAUACAUAUCUUCAAGGUCAGUAAGUUGUUAUUCACCAGAUUCGUACAUUCAUCACUAAUAAACAGCGGGUUGUGUAGUAUAGACAGCAUGUAAAUAUGUAAUAAUGUACAGUAUUUAUUGGUUUGCUUUUAGCAUUUUGAGAUUACUUGUUUGAUUUGUUAAUUUAUCCUGUUCUGUUGUCAUGUUUGUUUAACUGAUCAAUGUUAGUUUUCACUCAGAAUCUGCGGCUGCUAAAUGUACUGGAAUUUAAAUGUGAGCUGCAACUUCACAUAUGGUAAGAGAAACAAUGAAAAUCAGUUCUUACUGCAA